ACUAAUUCCUCACCGUCAUUAACAUACCACUAUCAUUAGGCGUAAUACUGCUACGUUAUGUUGCUUCUGUUAGUUGGCAACGUGGUUAACAUAAAGUCUAGAUUACAGCUAGUGGAUUUAACAUGCAUGUUAAUUGAUUAAUGAGCUAAUCCGCAUAAAUGUUGACACGUUUGUUCAUGAGCGGGCAGCUUGUCGAGCCAGAAAGAGUUUGAUACGGUUUCAAGAGCCAGUGAUGAAGACCAAGUCCAUAAUCUCAGACCUGCACUUGAAAUUUGCAGACAAGUCCUGGAAUGAAACCUUUCAGCUUGUCCGAAGAUGCAUGGACAAACCCAGAGAUGAAUCCAAACCUUGUGAGGUGCUUGUUAGAUCCCUGGAAAGGCUCCAAGAAGUCUUUAAUGUGUCCUCUGUGAACACCACCAAGUCUUGUCUGGAAAUGAUUGCCAAACAACAAAGAAUGGGCUUCCACAUAACUGAGGCUACCUGCUACCUGACAGCUGAUCUCUUCUACCUGGAGGUGGUGCUGUUGCCAUGUGGCGGGGUCAAGGAGGUCAAAGUGGCACCGCAUGGAGGAGCUCCUGUUCCUAGCGAGUCCCUCCUUCAGCUGCUGAGAUCACAAAAUUUUGCAGAGUUCUCCAUCAGACUGGAAGGCCUCUACACGCAGUACAACAUCCCUAGAGACAAUGAAAUGAAAUUAAAGUUAUUUGCUUCUCUACAAUGCCUUGGGAAGGAUUUGCAACAAAUAUCAGAUUUGCUGAGGACACUGAAGCUCUCAGAAAAAACAGUGGAAAGGAUUAACAAUGGCAGGAUUGGUUGCCUGAUGGCUGGAAAAGAAGAUUGCCCUCUGACCGUCCAGUUUUAUACCACCCAAGCUGAUGUUCAGAAGACUUCCGAUCUACAUGCAUCUGAAACAGAGAGAGUCAUCUAUGCAGCCCAGGUGACAGUCGGUGACAGCGAUGUGCCUCACAAGCUUCAGAUGGCGUCUGUGAUCCUGCAGCCUGCACAGCUGGAUCCCCGGGGUUAUCCCAUGUUCCUCCCGCUGAGCGAGGUUUCAAACGAGGCAUUUCCAGCCGUCUUUCUCCUCAAACUACAGCCAAAAAUACCAGUGAUGCCUUCUAUUAUUAACAAGUUCAGCCAAAUUACAGAUGUGGCCAUACCAGAUGUUGGCCUGCAGUGGGCGCCAUUACCCAAGCUUCUGAUGACACACUCUGGUUUAAACACCCUGCAGGUGACAUCAGAUGAGCUGGAUGCUGUUUUUAAAGUGUCUCUUCCUGAUGGUGGGAUGCAAAGGUACAUUUUCCCUGGAUCUGUGUGGAAGGAACCUGCUCAGAGAGCCGCUGCACUGGACAGCGUUCCUUUCACCCACCCCGCCCACAUCCCCGCCCUGCUGGAGCUGCUCCGACAUCAGUGCGCCAUCAACACCCUGCUGAGGAGCUGUGUCACUUCACAGUGGGACACAACAGGUCUGGUUUGUGAUCUGCACUUCGAAGUCCUUCCAGAGUCUGAGAGCAGCUUUUCUGUGACCUUCCAGCGCCCACACACUGACUCCCUCGCUGUUUUGCUGGUGAACGUAGCUGACUCUCGUAACCUCACUUGCACUUUGUUUGGAGCAGAAAUAGUGGAUCCUUCAGUGGAUGCAUACCUUUCUACUGUCUUGAUGAGGUGCAUGUCCAUCCCCGUCACCAUUAGAACUUUACGCAGCAGGCUAGAGGAGCUCACCUCUGCCCCACUUCCUCCACACCGCCCGGACACCACAGAAGCUGAAAAUGACCACUCUGCUCUCUCUGACGGAGCCGUGACCGCCAACAGCGGCGCCUCCACCGCACUCUCCCAGAGUGCAUCUGUGCCAGAGGAAAGCUUCAGUGUUUCAGGAUCAGCCUGCUAUUCUGUGUCUGAGCUGCAUCCUGAAAUAAACACCACUCCUGCUGUCAGCCCUUACACAUACACUGCUCCUGUGGGCGUGUUCUCACACUGGGUGACCAGUAACGGACAACUGUCAGAGCCAAUCUGAAAAACACGUGCUAAUCUCAGUUUAAGCCUUUAGAAAGUGUUAUUUUUUUAAGACUUCAAUAAAUGCGAUGUUAAAUAAACA